AUGGAUCCAUACAUGCAAUGUAGAUUGGCCUUACAGGAUAAUAUAGAAUCAUUUACAAAUAUGUUGAUGAAUGAUAAUGGUGAAAUGAAAACUCGAGGUCCUACACAAAUGCGUGAAAUAUGGGGGAACCAUGAUGGAGAGAAGAUAAAAAUCACAUGCAACAAUUUUGGACAGCCAUAUGAUAAAAGUGCAAGCAAAAUUUCAAGCUUUAUUGGGACAUUAGUAAGAGAUGGAAAAAAUGCUCAAAUUAAUUAUAAAACUUGGCAUGAGGUACCUGCUAAAUACAAACUUGGAAUGUGGAAAAUUAUACAGGAAAAAUUUGAAAUUCUUCCUCAAGCUAAGAAUUGGACUUUCAGAACGUUUGGUAGGAAACUUAGAGCUCGGAAAUCUUAUCUUAAAAAAACUUAUUAUUUGGAGCACUUAUCUUUUGAGGAGCAAAAUAAAUAUAAAGACAAACGAGUAUAUGAUGACCAAUGGGAGGAACUAAUAAAAUAUUGGGCAACAGAAAAUGCAAUGAAAAAGGAUGGUGCAAGUACACCAACACGUGCAACCAUGUUCAAAAUAUGUUACUCAAAAAAAGAUAAGAGCAUUGCUAAUGAGAAAACAAAAGAAGCAAUGUUACAAUUACAAGAGAAAGAAGAACUGAAUGAAGAUGCAUCAAAAGAAAAGAGUAAAAAUGACGUUUUUUCUGAAGUUAUGGGUAAAGAAAAACAUGGAUUAGUUCGCAUGUAUGAAUUUGGUGUUUGCCCAUCUGAUGUGUAG